AAACACAGAGACACCGGGAGCGCGCGCACUGUGGACAUGGGUCUGUCUCUGAAGAGCUGGGUGACAAACGAGGGAGGAAAACACUGCGUGCUGGUUGUAUGGGUAGGUGUGAGUGUGUGGCUCUUCUGGAGGACGUUCAUGCUGUACUGCAAUGGAGCGCAGUAUUACUACUUACACAACAUGCUGGGGCUAGGACUGUGUGUGAGUCGAGCAUCCGCAUCUGUCCUGAACCUGAACUGCAGCCUCGUCUUGCUGCCUAUGUGCAGAUCCAUCCUCACCAUACUGAGGGGACAGACACAGGUGAGCAGUAGAAAAGUGCGCAGGUUGCUGGAUAAAAGUAAAACCUUCCACGUGGCGUGUGGCGUCGCUAUUUGCGUCUUCUCAGUGAUUCACGUGAGCGCUCACCUGGUGAAUGCCGUCAAUUUCUCUGUCCGAUUCUCAGACGAGUUUCCUGACCUCAAUGUAGCACAUUACCGGGGCCAGGAUCCCCGUGUCCUCAUUCUGACCACAGUUCCUGGGAUUACAGGCGUCCUAUUGGUGCUCAUUUUAUUCCUGAUGUUUACAGCGUCCUCGCACAGUAUACGAGUGUGCAGCUAUGAGAUCUUCUGGUACACUCACAAUCUUUUUAUCCUCUUCUACAUCAUACUGAUGCUGCAUGUGCUGGGAGGGAUGUUGAAGUACCAGACGAAUGUGGAAGCCCACCCACCAGGCUGCAUCUUGGCCAAUCGGAUGCCUCCAACCAAUCUUACAGCAGAAGAAGAAAAGAGGGCGGAGUCAGCUAAAAGCUCACCUACAGUGUGUGGCGAAGAGGCCAAGUUUCAAGCUCACUUUCCCCAGACGUGGUUAUGGGUCUCGGCUCCUCUCUGUUUGUACUGCGCAGAGAGAGUGUAUCGCUAUGUGAGGGGCAGCAUCCCUGUUACCGUGGUAUCUGUCACAAGGCACCCCUGUGAUGUCAUUGAGGUGUGCAUGCUGAAGAGUGGCUUUAAGCCCCGCCCAGGACAAUACAUUUUACUGAACUGCCCAAGUGUGUCAUCAUUCGAAAACCAUGCAUUCACUCUGACUGCGUGUCCAACUCAGAACAAAGACACAUUUGGGAUUCAUAUUCGAGUGCUUGGGGACUGGACGAAAUGUUUUUCGCAGCUGUUGCUGCCUGAAGCAGAAUAUUCCGAGGUCCUUCCCAUGAUGCGUCAGCAGAGAUACCCCAAGCUGUAUGUGGACGGUCCGUUCGGCAGUCCGUCUGAGGAGGUGUUUCAUUACGAAGUGAGUGUGUGUGUGGCUGGAGGGAUCGGUGUUACACCUUUUGCCUGCAUCCUACACACUCUGCUUGAUGACUGGUGUCGCUAUAAGCUGCAGAGACUCUAUUUUGUGUGGGUGUGUCGAGAGUUGGAGUGUUUCUACUGGUUCGCUGAACUGCUGUGUAGUUUAUAUCGCAAGUUAUGGAAGGAGAAUCGUCCUGAUUUCCUGAAUAUCCGUCUCUAUCUCACUAGUACACACAGGCCGCAGAACCUCACUGAGGAAAAGUACCGCCCCCUGAGUUCCAGGCUUUUGAUUGGGCGACCCAGCUGGAAGCUUCUUUUUCAGGAAAUAGGGAAAGCCAAUAAGCAUAAGAAAGUGGGCGUGUUCUGCUGUGGCCCUAAAAGUAUCUCCAGAGAGUUACACAAACUUUGUAACUCGUUCUCGUCUUCAACAACCGUCUUCGAGUACAACAAGGAGUCCUUCAGCUAACACGCACUGAGUGAACUUUAAAAGGAACCUCAUGGAAUAUAAACUAACGGAUGAACUGAGCUAGAUACAGGACUUUUCAAGAAGUUAACGAGGAUAAUAGAAGAAUAAUAUACAAACAAAGAGAUUGUUCCUGUUUUUUAUUACCAUUUUAUUGUUACUGUUAAUGUAUUUAUCUGUUGGUUUGAGUAUAUAU